ACCCACCACAACCAAAGCAUGCGAUUAUAGAUAGUAUUACGCCCAUCAUCACCUGUCUGUCUUCAUCCACCGUUAAGAAGAGAAGAAGAAAAAAAAAACCUAUAUAUAUUUAAGUUGGAUCAGCUGGCGGAAUCUUGUAGAGUUAGCGAUGGUGGGACCAGAAAGGCCACAGAUAGUAUUGUUUGGAUCAUCGAUAGUUCAGCUGAGUUUCAGCAAUGAUGGCUGGGGUGCCAUUCUCGCAGAUGUCUAUGCUCGUAAGGCGGAUAUAGUGUUGCGAGGGUAUAACGGAUGGAAUUCCACACGCGCUGUCAAAGUCCUCGAUCAAAUUUUCCCAAAGGAUGCUGCUAGCCAGCCUUCACUGAUCAUCGUUUACUUUGGCGGUAAUGAUUCAAUGGAACCUCACCCGUCUGGUUUAGGCCCCCAUGUCCCUCUUCCUGAAUAUAUCGAAAACAUGAGAAAAAUUGCUACUCAUCUCCAGGGUCUUUCAGACACGACACGCUUAAUUUUCCUCGGUUGCCCACCCGUGGAUGAGGUCGGACUUCGCGAGAACACAAGCUCAAUCUUAAGGGAACAUGUUCGAACAAAUGAGUUAUGCCGGAUAUAUUCAGAAGCUUGCAUAGAGUUGUGCAAUGAGAUGGGGAUAAAAGUUAUUGAUCUUUGGACAGCGUUUCGAAAACAAGAUGAUUGGUUAACUUACUUUACGGAUGGGGUUCAUUUAUCAGGUUCAGGAAGCAAGAUAGUUGCUGAGGAGAUACUAAAGGUGCUUAAAGAAGCCGACUGGAAACCAAGUCUACACUGGAAAUCUAUGCCUACUGAAUUUUCAGAAGACUCGCCUUAUGAUUUAGUCUAUUCAGAUGGCAAAACGACGCUAAACCCGUCUGAUUGGACCUUUCACCGAGAAAUCCAAUGGGACUAAAAACAUGAUGGAUAUCAUAGGUUCAAAACAUGCGCAUCCGACUGUAACAAAUGUAACACUUUAUUUUGCAAUAACUAAGAUUUGUAGCAGUGACCUUAAUUAUAUGCAACAUGUCCCAUUGUCAAUCAAAUUCCUUUUUUACAUGCAUGCA